UCGCAAUAAGUCACAUGCAUUCCUACAGAUUCUCCAUAUAAAAAGCUUGUUUAUAAGCAUUGACUUGAUUCAUUCACAUAUUUACAGAUCAUAUUUUUUUUUCAAAAGCAGUUUUCCCUCGUUGUUGAACUAGAUUUAAAAAUUGAUUCAGUAAUUUAAUUUGGGAAUGGGAAACAUUGAGUUUAUUGCACUUUAAACUAUAGGUAUGCCCUGGGCAUCCACGCUGUGGCCUCUGUCAAAGCAAGCAUGCAACUCAGCAUUUUGCAUUGACAGCUUUACCAAAGCAAUCCUUUGAAUAUGUGCAGCUACAGAACAGUCUACUCUUCAAACAAAAGGAGGACCAUUGACAUCAUGCAUACACAUAGUGAAAAGUCGGACACACCAGGGCCCCUGCCCUAACCAGUUCAAGUGUAUUUGUUUCAGGGACAGAGGAGGUAGCAUUUAAAGGAUUUUGCCACCAUCAACAAAAAAGGGCAACAGAGGUUGUCUAUUUCUCUUAAUAUCUCUCUCUCCCUCUCCACUCUCUCACUCCCUCUUUCCCCAGAGGAUAAGCAAAGAGGGAUUUGCCUCACAAGCAACAAGUGCAUAUCUCCUUCCUGCAUUGUCACAGCGUGCGUCAGAAUGUACAGCUUUACGGGUGGAGGCCUGUUCUGUGCCAUUAUUGGGAACAUCCUCAUAGUGGUUUCAACAGCGACAGACUACUGGAUGCAGUAUCGCCUCUCUGGCAGCUAUGCCCACCAGGGCCUGUGGAGGUACUGCAUGGCCAACAAAUGCUACAUGCAGACAGCAAGUAUAGGUGUUCCAAAGUUGUACCCCUGGUCUCAUAAGAUGGCAUCUGAGAUUACAGGAGCUGUACUCUGGUUCGUUCAAGCAUACUGGAAUGCCACACGGGCAUUCAUGAUCCUAUCGGGAAUGGCAUGCUUUGCAGGCAUCAUGGCAGGCAUCCUCUCAUUUGCCCAUUUUUCUGCCUUUGAGAGAUUCAGUCGUUCCUUUGCAGCAGGAAUCAUGCUUUUCAUCUCCACAUUUUUUUUGCUGCUGGCUAUGGCGAUCUACACUGGCGUAACCCUAAGCUUCCUGGGCAAGCGUUUUGGAGACUGGCGCUUCUCCUGGUCCUACAUACUGGGAUGGGUGGCCAUGCUCAUGACCUUCAUUGCAGGGAUAUUCUACAUGUGUGCCCACAGAUUGUAUGAAUCCAGGAGAGUGGUUGGAAGUCGCUAACCUGAAGAAGAUAAAACUGCAAGAAACAGAAAGUGUUGGCACGGAA